UUACCGCAGCAGCGGGAGCGUGGUCAUGUGACAAUUGCGUUUCCGACACAACAAUACAGCACAAGAUCGCGUAAGCAAGCGCUCCUGUCGCUUUCCCCUCCCUCCCUACGUGCCUGGCAGGCUCGCUCUCUCUUUCUCGGCAUGGCGGACGGCGAGAGGUCCCCGCUCCUGUCAGAUCUGGGCGACGGCGCCCUGGGCAGCGGCAACGGCGGCCUGUCGCCCGGCGCAGCGCCCUAUGGUGUGGCCAGCAAGCCGCAGGGCUUCCCGCCUUUCCCAAGCCCCACUCAGCCGUCGGUUCUGCUUGGCGAGGAUCCGCCUCCUUACUCGCCCCUCACCUCGCCUGAGAGCGGCAGCGCGCCUGUUAUAAGCUGCCGGGUUUGCCAGAGUCUCAUCUCGGUCGAGGGCAAAAUCCAUCAGCACGUGGUCAAGUGCGGUGUGUGCAACGAGGCCACGCCCAUCAAGAAUGCACCGGCGGGAAAAAAGUAUGUGCGCUGUCCCUGUAACUGCCUGCUCAUCUGCAAAGUCACAUCUCAGCGGAUCGCCUGUCCGAGGCCGUACUGUAAGAGGAUAAUCAACCUGGGUCCGGUUCAUCCCGGUCCAGCCAGUCCAGACCCCCAGCCAGCCGGUGCCCGCGUGUCCUGUGGGCACUGCAGUAACACCUUCUUGUGGACCGAGUUCACGGACCGCACGUUGGCCAGAUGCCCGCACUGCAGGAAAGUUUCCUCCAUUGGUCAGCGAUAUCCCAGGAGGCGGAGCUUGUGGUGUUUUCUGCUCUGCUUGCUGUUCUGCAUCUCGACUGCUGGUCUGAUUGCCGGCACGUGGCUGAAGGCCGAGACAUACCCCGGUAUCUACGCCUCGUGGGCUGUUCUACUGCUUCUUGUGUUGGUGACCUUGGCGCGGGCCUUCUAUUGGGCAUGCAUGCGGGUCAGCCAGCCUCUCCAGAGCUUCACAUAGAUAGACCGCCUCCUUACCCCACCCCCCACCUCUACUCCCCGUUUACUUCAAACCUUCCCUUGGGUGGCCUGGUCAUAGGAUGAAUGGCUUUAAAAACAAGCAGAUGAGAAAUAUUUAUUUCAAAAAACUGAUCAUGUGGCUACUUUCUGUAUUCAUUUUAUUCCUUGCGCGCUCCCUUCUCUUGUCAGCUUUGUCAUUUCCGCGCCUUGAAUGAAGCAUUUAACAUUUUAUAAACCAGUGACAUUGAUGCCGCCGCCGUCUUUGUGACUCAAAAGGAUGAAGGAAGCGUUUGAAAUGCUUCGGCGUGUCUGAAGGUAGAACACCGCCAGUGAAAACACAAACUAACAACAAACUAACACCCCUGGGAAGUAACUUUGAUCCUUAAAAACUGAUGCUAAUGGAUGGAAUUUUGAGCAUAAACAAAACAUUAGACUGACAACAAUUUCCAGAUGGUGACUGACAGUUUUUCUCAAAUAUUUUGUAUCAUUUACCAUAAUGGCUUUUUAAAGCGUAGAACAAAACCUUUAAAUCCCUGCUUUCUGUGAACGCACCAUGAGGGGAUGCCAUUUUUUUUUUUUUUUUAAAGAUUGCCAGCAUGUUUUGCUAAAAUUCUUAUCACCGUGUUGCUUUCAGUUCGUUUGCGUUGAGCUUUCUUGCAAAGGACCUAAAGCGAGGGUAGCUUCCACUUUCAUCAAAUUUAUUUUGUAAAAAUGGGAAGGUUUCGCCAUGGUAGCUAUGAUAAAAAUGAGAGAUGAGUCGGUUCCUAUUGCUUUAAAAAAAUACUGAAAACAAAUAUUCUCAUGAUAUCGUGUUUAUGACAGUUCCAUUAAGCUUUCUUUUAAACAACAUAAAGGAAAUUAAUUGCGUUACUGAGGCUCACUUUGACGUAUCAUAUUAAGUUGUGGAGGCCGUAUCGCUGUGGUAACUACGAUUAUUUAAAAAAUAUAUAUAUAUAUAAAAAAGAAAAUGAGCUCCUCGGACUUUAAAUUGUAGUAAAAUAACCAGAAUCGUAACAUUAAGCUUUUAAAUCUUUCGCCGCUAGCCUCCAUUAUCGCAAAUUCUCAAACGCUCUGAUGAAGAUUAUAUUUUUCCUUUUUUUUUUGUUUUUUUUUGUUGUAAAUCUUUAUUUUUAACCGGUGUGACAGGAAGUGACUAAGCUAAUCGCUCCGAGCAACACUAAAAUCGUGAUCGUUUUCACUGUUACGUAUGUAAUUAUUUUGAAUGCGCUACUAACAUAAUGAGCCCGUAACAAACAUACACACACACGAACACUGUACAUGGUGGCACGCAUGCACACACAGCACCUUACACUGCAACGGUUAUUUAUUUUUACAUAAAUUUUGCGCUAAAUUCUCCAUGAUCGUGAUAGAGAAAAAGCCUUAAUGUUUUAUUGUUUUUCAAUCAUGUGUUUUCUUUUUUAUCUGUUCUCAAAUUAGUGCAGUCAUUUGGAUUGUGUUUUAAUAAACCAGUCAAUUGUGCACAGCCUGUUUGGGGACCAGUUUGUGAUUACGGACCGCGUGAACCAAGAGGCUGUAAAAUAAAAGAUGUGUCAAAUGCUUAUGUGACUUUUUUUUUCUUUGCAUACAAAC